AUGAGUAUCCUGCUGCCGCAGCCGCUUCCCCUGUCUCAGCCAGCGCCGCCUGACAGCGACGAGGUGCUGCGCGACUUCCUCCAGGAGAUGGCGGAGCUGGAUCGCCAGCAGGCGCCCGCGACGCCCGAGCCAAAGAUGCCCAAGCGCCAGGCAGCGGACACGCCCCCGCGCCCCGCCAAGAAGGCCAAGCAGACGCCCGUGCAGCAGUCAAAGGACAAGAAGCCGGUCACGCGCUGGCAACGCCGCAAGCUGGAGCUGCAGACGCUCAAGGACCAAGCGGAGACGCUGAGCAGCUACGUGUCGUAUCUGCAGCGUCGGACGCCCGGCCAGGUCCUAGUCGACACUUUGAGCCUCCCUCCGGAGCUGGACCAGCUCGUCCAGUUCCAAGGUGGAGGCUGGCACGCCGCUGCUAUUAGGGAGGUUAGACGCUGUCAGGCAGCGCAGAAGGAGAACGAGGAGCUCAAACAACGUCUGCAGGCUUGUGUCCAGGUCGCGGGGGCCCUCCAGACGGCGCUGAAGGCGGCAAGCACGCAGAGGGAAGAGCUCCUUGCCCGGGAUUCCAUUGCAGCCAGAGCGCUGCGUGUCGAGCUCAUGAUGAACCAGCAGGUCGACAGUGCGCAGAACGCGCUGAUUUUUGACAUGCUCGAAGCGAACGUCAACGCGCGGGUUCAUGAGGUGCAAGCCGUUGCCAACGAGGCCGAGGUGUCACAGCCUCUGCAGCUUGUGGACACGGAUCAAGUGAGCAUUUGUCGCAAGGACGACAGCCACGCCGCAGUUGAGUUCAAGACGGUGCGAAUGUUGCCUUUUGAUGUUGAUACGGUCUCCAGCGUCUGCUGGCGAGUUGCCGAGCUCGGCUGGAGACGACAAGGCGCGCGCGUGGUGCGACGGUCUCAGGACGUGGUCUGGUCCGACUGGUGCUUCCCGGUUCAACUCGACAAGGGCGAGACCGUGGAAAUCCGGGUCCGCGCUGUGGCCAAGCGCUUCAGAGUGCCAGAGGGCUUUGUGGUGCUGGCGGAAUCCACCACCGAGUGGCCCGCGCACUUGGCGGCCUCAGGUGCAUGGUCCCGCGUGACCAGGGAACGCGGAUGGGGCCUGGUUCACUCGUAUCCGGGCCGAUCGGCUGCACGGAGCCCAUCCCGAUCAACUGCAAGCGUGUCAAGAUUUUUGAUGCACAUGACCACGGAGCCGUCCGGGCUUGACAGCGACACCAGCCGCAAGCUGCUUGGUAGUCCGGCGGUGAGCGAUAUCGUCAUUCCAUCCUUCCGCACGCUGAUCAAGAACCGGCAACAGUGCGUGGACAACCGCCUCAUGGACGCAGAUUUCGGUACUCCCUCCAUAGCCGCCAUAUAG